GUCCAGUCAAGAUGCCACAGGACGGACCCUUUCACCUGAGGGAGGGGAAUGUUGACUGAUGGUUCGUCGAGGUGUCGAGCGAUUGUGGUGGAUGGGCGAUCAAGUCUGCGACAGUCUCAAACGAGCGCUAGUUGCAGUAGCCGGGCUGUCUGUCUUGCCUUAUUAACUACCUUGUUUUGCUUGCUUCUUUUCAUAAUCGCGGAUGACGGUAUCAACCGCCUUGAUCGACCAACAUGGGUUUUGGUGAAGGCGUCGCCAAGCUUCUUGAUACUUACACUAACUGCCUCAGACUGCUCAAAGUCUUCAAGAAGCAGCACGGCAGCGACCCGGAUGAUGCAUCCUCCCUUUUAAGGAGCUCUAUCAGAUCAGAUCGGUCACAAAUCCGCCGAGCUUAUUCGUCUAGACUAAGCGAAAAUGGCAAACGCCUCGAAAAGGGCGAUGGCCGCUCGAGAGGGUUGAUCCGCAAAACACUAAAGAAGCUGAAUGCAGCCAUCACCGGGCUUAUGCACUCCAGCAAGGAUCAGCAACCGUUCCUGGACUACGAAUCACUCCAGCGACUCUCCAACUCUUCGAGAGUCGAUGCGGUAAGCGCCAUUGAUCAGCUUUCGCAACGGCUAGGGAAUGCGACUUCUCGGAAUUCCCUGGUGUCGCCAACGUCCGUGGGCGAUCUUAGGCGGUUUUCAACAACCAGCUCGGACGAGAGCAAGCAUAAGCUUUCAAAGGACAAACAGCAAAAGUCGUCUAAAACUAGGGUCCGGCCGCAAGUGAAAGACCAUAGAAGAUCAGGGUCAGGGUCAACAUCAAGAUCAAAAUCAAGACCCAGAUAUCGAAGCAAGGAAAGAUGCAGCCAAAAUAAACGCCACAGUGGCACCUCGGUCGCAAGCAGACAGGACAGGCUAUCCAUGAUGUCGAGCUCAACUGACAGCACCAAGCUGGGAGAAAUCCCUGAAAGACGACGGCUCAGGAAGGAAAACACCAUUUCAAAUGACUCGGACAGCUCUGGGUGCUACCCAGCUCACGUGAGGCCAACAUACCCACUGAAGCCUUAUCCAUCGCUGGAACCAAGAUCCAGGACGAUCUGGAGGCUCUUUGCUCGGCGGUGAGGUCAAGCUCGGAGGAUGCUCCUUGUUUUAAGCAAAUGAUUCAAAACAAUAGAUUCAAGGGACUCUUGGCAGGGACUUCAUCUCAAAUGGAGGCCUGUCCAGGUUCACACCCAAAGGUACAGACGGAUGGAUACCUUACUUGGUACUGCAGCUCAGCUGGCCGGAUACGGAGUAAGGUACAGUAUGGUACCUACCUAAGGUACGGAUAGUCGGGGCGCUGAGGCCUAUGAAUGGCGGGGAUGACCCGGCGGGGAGGUAUUGAGGGUUCUCUCUGUGGGCUCCAUCCAAUGUCAAGGCCGCGCUGUCUGUCUGUCUGUCAGCUGUAGCAAAAGCUGCCAGCAGCUCCAGCUGGCAGGAAGUACAGCCAGUCUCAAGAUGCCGUUGAGAUUUCCUCCCUGUCAUGAAUCCCUUUGGUCCAAGAACAAACAGCACUGGAGAGUCGUGAAUGACGUGAAGUUGACCUUCAGAAUUUGGGAACAAGGACUAGCAUGCCUUAUGCCGAUCUGUUUAGGUGCCUCAUCGAGAACAGAUUUACUUGGAUUUGGAGAGUAUAUGCAUCCAAUAAAAGUCAC